GGCUUCCGGAACGGCAGUGGUCGAGAGGAGGGGCCGUGCGGCGGGAGCGGCGCCAUGGAGGAGGGGGCGCCGCGGCAGGUGAACUGCGCCGGGAGAGGCCGGGCUGCGGGCGCGGGCCGAGGGGCUCGGGAAGUCUCAUGCACGCCGCGGGCGCCCCGAGCUCCGGCCGCGGCCCCGAGACCGGACCCCCAGCCCCUGCCCGGUCCAUUCUCAGCCCCGGCCCCGGGCUUCGCUACACCUCGCAGGGCAGAGCUGAGCAUGGGGCCUGGAGCCGACCAGCGGCCCCCUGAGGAUGAGAAAGAGGUGAUCCGCCGGGCCAUCCAGAAGGAGCUGAAAAUCAAGGAGGGUGUAGAGAAGCUGCGGAGGGUAGCCACGGACCGCCGCCACCUGGGCCACGUGCAGCAGCUCCUGCGUUCCUCCAACCGCCGCCUGGAGCAGCUGCACGGAGAGCUGAGGGCGCUGCACGCGCGCAUCGUGCUGCCGGACGCCGGGCCCGGCCUGGCUGAGCCUGUGGCCCCGGGCCCGCCGCCCCCCGUGGAGCAGCCCAGGGCUCGGCACCUAGAGGCUCUCCAGAGGCAGCUGCACGUGGAGCUGAAGGUGAAGCAGGGGGCGGAGAACAUGACCCGCACGUAUGCCACCGGCACACCCAAGGAGAGGAAGCUGCUGGCAGCGGCCCAGCAGAUGCUGCGGGACAGCCAGCUGAAGGUGGCCCUGCUAAGGAUGAAGAUCAGCAGCCUGGAGGCCAGUGGGGCCCCGGAACCAGGUGAGGCUUGGAAAGGCGGGGCUGGGCGGGGCUGGGCGGGGCUGGGCGGGGCUGGGCGGGGCGUGGGCCUGAGGGCUGACCCCCUCCUCCCAGGUCCCGAGCUGCUGGCGGAGGAGCUGCGACACCGGCUACGCAUUGAGGCCGCUGUGGCUGAGGGUGCCAAGAAUGUGGUGAAGCUGCUGGGUGGCCGGCGAACGCACGACCGGAAGGCGCUGGCCGAGGCUCAGGCCCAGCUCCAGGAGUCCUCCCAGAAGCUGGACCUCCUGCGGCUGGCCUUGGAUCAGCUGCUCGAGGGACUUCCUCCCGCUCAUCCUCUGCGUGGCCGAGUGGCGCGGGAGCUGCGGACCGCGGUGUCUGGGAAGCCCCAGCCCUCGGGGGUGCUUGUGAAGCCCACCGCGGUGACAGGGACACUGGAGGUCCGCCUCCUGGGCUGUGAGCAGCUGCUGACAGCUGUCCCUGGACGGUCCCCAGCGGCCGCGCUGGCCGGGAGCCCCUCCCAGGGCUGGCUCCGGGGCAGGGCCAAGCCGCAGCGUGGUGGAGGAGACCUGGCCAGUGAGGUGCUGGCCGUGCUGAAGGUGGACAAUCGUGUCGUGGGCCAGACUGGCUGGGGGCCGGUGGCCAAGCAGUCCUGGGACCAGACCUUUAUUGUCCCCCUGGAGCGGGCCCGGGAGCUGGAGUUCGGGCUGCGCUGGCGGGACUGGCGGCAGCUGUGUGGCGUGGCCUUCCUGCGGCUGGAGGACUUCCUGGACAAUGCCUGUCACGAGCUCUCCCUCAGUCUGGUGCCCCAGGGCCUGCUCUUUGCCCAGGUGACUUUCUGUGACCCUGUCAUUGAGAGGAGGCCCCGGCUGCAGAGGCAGAAACGCAUUUUCUCCAAACGCCGAGGUCAGGACUUCCUGAGGGCUUCGCAGAUGAACCUCAGCAUGGCCGCCUGGGGACGCUUGGUCAUGAGCCUGCUGCCUCCCUGCAGCUCUCCAAGCACGAUCAGCCCCCCCAAAGUGUGCCCCGAGACCCCGUCCACACCCCGGGCUGACCCUGCCUCGCCCAGUCAUUUCCCACCCAAGAAGAGCCCCUUGGGAGAAGAGACAAGGCCCCCGCCCAAGCCCCCACGCCUCUACCUGCCCCGGGAGCCGACCCCCGAGGAGAUCCCGCGCACCAAACGUCCCCACAUGGAGCCUAGGACACGUCUCGGGCCGCUGCCUCCUGCCUCAGCCACCAGGAGAGCCCCCCGGCUUCAGGACUUCCGCUGCUUGGCCGUGCUGGGCCGGGGACACUUUGGGAAGGUCCUCCUGGUCCAGUUCAAGGGCACGGGGAAAUAUUAUGCCAUCAAAGCGCUCAAGAAGCAGGAGGUGCUGAGCCGGGAUGAGAUGGAAAGCCUGUAUUGCGAGAAACGCAUCCUGGAGGCCGUGGGCCGCACGGGGCACCCCUUCCUGCUCUCCCUCCUUGCCUGCUUCCAGACCUCCAGCCAUGCCUGCUUCGUGACCGAGUUUGCAGCUGGUGGCGACCUCAUGAUGCAGAUCCACGAGGAUGUCUUCCCUGAGCCCCAGGCCCGGUUCUACCUGGCCUGUGUGGUCCUCGGGCUGCAGUUCUUACAUGAGAAGAAGAUCAUUUACAGGGACCUGAAGUUGGAUAACCUUCUGCUGGAUGCCCAGGGUUUCCUGAAGAUCGCAGACUUUGGGCUGUGUAAGGAAGGGAUCGGCUUUGGGGACCGGACAAGCACGUUCUGUGGCACCCCAGAGUUCCUGGCCCCGGAGGUGCUGACCCAGGAGGCCUACACACGGGCCGUGGACUGGUGGGGGUUGGGUGUGCUGCUUUAUGAGAUGCUGGUGGGUGAGUGCCCAUUCCCCGGAGACACGGAAGAGGAGGUGUUUGACUGCAUCGUCAACGCGGAUGCCCCAUAUCCCCGCUUUCUCUCAGUGCAAGGUCUUGAGCUCAUUCAGAAGCUCCUGCAGAAGUGCCCGGAGCAGCGCCUGGGGGCAGGUGAGCAGGACGCAGAGGAGAUCAAAACCCAGCCCUUCUUCAGCACCACUGACUGGCAGGCCCUGCUCGCCCGCACCGUCCAGCCCCCGUUCCUGCCCACACUCUGUGGCCCUACAGACCUGCGCUACUUCGAGGGCGAGUUCACGGGGCUGCCGCCAGCCCUGACCCCACCUGACCCCCGCUGCCCCCUGACCGCCCGCCAGCAGGCCGCCUUCCGAGACUUUGACUUUGUGUCCGAGAGAUUCCUGGGGCCCUGAGGGCCUCUCGGGUGUGUCCGUCCUGUCUCCGCAGCUGCGUGCCCUGCCCCUGGAGGCCUGGGCCUCCCUGGGUUAUUUGUGGGUCUUGGGCCUUGAAGUGGCAGUUGUAGGGGGGCUCUCCACUCCCUGCCACCACCACCCCCACCCCGCCCAGGAGACCUGGACCAGAAAGGGCAGCACAGCAAAGAGCAGUUGUUUUUUUUAAUACUUGACUUGCUUUAUAGAUUAUUAAACUUAUAAAACUGUG